GUCUGUAUUUCAGGUUCUAACGCCCCUGUCAAGGUCGUCCUGGUGGUCGGAGGGUCAUUUGGCUUUAUAAUCUGCAUGGCGUACCUUGGCUUUUUCAUCUUCUGUCUCUACAGAAAGAAGAAAGGAGAAAACGAUUUGAUAAACACACCAAUUAUUUGUGACAGCAGUGCUACAGGAGGCCGCGACAAUGGCGGCUACGAAGACGUGUUCGUGCAUGCCGAUAUCUCUGAGGAAAGGGGAGAUAAUCAACUCAGAUCAGGAUCAAGGGGAAGCAACUCUCGUCGUCAACAUGACGACGCAAGACACGUGGACUGGACUGGUCACAACGAUGCUGCAUUCCAAGCAGAUGAACGAAAUGAAAGGGAAGAUACACUUCAUGACGACAUAACUAUGCUUAUUCAUGCAACUAACCGAAAAGAGGAACCAUAUCUCCCUGAUGGAAAUAAAUCUCGCCCAGAUCCCCGUGGUGCUGGACGCGAAGAUGGGAAACUAGGUGGCCAGGAAAUGAACCGAGCAAGAGGACGCAAAACUAGGGCUGAUUGGCCUUGGCCUGGCAAGCAUGCUGCACGUGACGACCGCGGUUAUCAUGAUGCAGGUAGCCAUGGUGAUGCACGAGAUGCAUACCCUCAAGGCCAAACUAACGGAAGGGAGAAGAACCCAUCUCGGAUGGACCUAGAAGUCGAAUUAAACGAUACUGAGCCUGUGAUACGGGGAGGUAAACUGAUUCUCCGACAGAUCAGCAGGGAAGAGGACAUCAUAUGAUGACUGCAUAGAAGAUGUAUGUGAUACCGAUUUAAGUGUGAAGGCAUUCUAUAAUGUUUUAUUGAACCAGGAAACAGAUAUGGCCGAGGCCAUCCACCGAGAUCAGUAUCAGUUUCUUGGGUCAAUAAAACUUGAAAAAUGUCACCAAACAGUUAGACAGUAGUGAUUAGAGAUGCUGCUUCACAACUAGCUCUGCUUUACGCUACCACUGAUUGUCUUAAUACAUUGCAUCUAAUUGCUGCACAACGGGGUGGGUCUCAGGUACCGUGUAUCAAAGGUCAAUGUAAUAAAAUCAAAAUCUAAAAUCUAAUACAGUCGACCGAGCUAGAGUUGAUAACCCACCCGUAACGUAACUCUAUCCUACCUACACUCUGACUCACAAGCCAUCUGUCCUCCUGUUACCAUACAGGAAGUCCUGACAUGACGCCAGACUGACAACCCAUUUCGUACCUACCAUUUCCUGACAUGACAACCCAUUUCGUACCUACCAUUUCCUGACAUGACAACCUAUUUCGUACCUACCAUAACCUGACAUGACAACCCAUUUCGUACCUACCAUUUCCUGACAUGACAACCCAUUUCGUACCUACCAUUUCCUGACAUGACAACCCAUUUCGUACCUACCAUUUCCUGACAUGACAACUCAUUUCGUACCUUCCAUUUCCUGACAUGACAACCCAUUUCGUAUUUUCCAUUUCCUGACAUGACAACCCAUUUCGUAAGUACGAUUUGCCUCACAUGACAACAUAUCAAUUACCAACAACCGUCUUACAUGACAACCCACCCGUUUGUUCAUAAUAAUUAUGUCAGGAAAUAUAGACUCUCAGUUCGGAUGUGUUUCGUUCUACUUGUAUAUCACGAAAUCAUUUAUUGUAUUUUGUUGAAAACUAUAAUUGUAAUUAUUCACUAAAUUAUCAGGCAAUAAAUU